AGGAGAAUUGUAGCGGGUGCCGCUGUAUUGUUAGCUUUUUUUUUGAGAACCGUGCUUCAUCGUUGCUCUCUUUUUUUCCGCGGCUCCGACUGCUUGUUUAUUCUCUGUGGAACAGAGACAGCGUGGGACUGUUGCCAGCGCAGCGCAACCCACUUUCAUAAAGGACGGUUCACCCGCGCAACACUCUUUACCUCUUCAAAAUUCUCGCCUCAGGAUUCGUUCGUCAUGCCAACCGUUUCUGCUAACGGCCCCACUGCACAGGUGGGCUUCAAACUAAAUGGGCAGAACUCGAAGGAGUUCUGGAAUGCUGCGUGGGAGCACGAUGCGACAGGCUGGCGCCAGGCGGAGCAGCGGCCAGUUUUUACUCGCAACCUCUACGUGUGGGCGUGCAACUCCUCUGACGCAUCGGAUGUGCAGGUCAUUCCGCGGCCAUGCGUGAUUGACAAGGCGGACUACGAUGCGGACCUCUACAACGGCCCUACGGAAGAGGCAGUGGUGACGGCAUUCCUGCAGGGGAAGUCGGUGCUGGUUCCUCUGUGCGGGGACACCGCCGCUGUGCGGUACAUGGCGGACCACGGUGCGACCCUCGUGGUGGGCGCGGACCUCGCCCCUGAAGCACUGCGUCGCCAGCGUGAAACGCACCUUGGCGAUGUCCGCUUUGUCGUCACGUCCCUUCCUCUGCCGGGCAGCUCCGGCUCCGUGACGGUCUACGAAGGCGUCAAGGGCGGGUGCACCAUUCGCCUCUUCGAGGGAGACUUUCUGGCGCUCGCAGGGGUGGAGGUAUUCUGCAACGCGAAGAUCGACUUCGUGUACGAUCGCGCGUCGAUGAUGGCGAUGCACCCGAGCAUGCGCAGUGCGUACGUGGCGACGAUUGCGGCGUGCCUGACACCGGAGGCUGGGCUGAUGGUGGAGCGCCCGGUCCGUGACGAAGGUGAUGUGGCCGGCCCGCCGUUCACGUUUUCUCCCGUCCAGGUUCUUUCCCUUUAUAAUUCUGCCACGGGCCGUUCCUACGAUGUUGAGACGGUGCUGGUGAGCCGCUGGUACGGCAACCCUGAUCCAGGUAACGUUCAUUACUUCGACUUUCUGCGCGUGUUUCCGAAGAAGACGUAG